UUUAAAUAUCAUGGCGAGAGCGUCGUCUCGCGGCUCCGAAAUCCUAAAAUGCCUCCUACUUCUGACUUGUUUCCUGGUUGCUGAAAUAGCCAGCUUGGAGGAAAAUAACAUUCCAGAAUUUUUCCAUUUAGAAGCGAAAGAAUCGUCGAAUUUUACAUUGAACAAUGUGUCGUUUACCAAUAUCAUGUUCGAAGUGCGGGGCCGCAACAUUCACCCCAAAAUGCGCGUUAAAAUCAACCAGAAAGAAACGCAACGAAAUGCAAAUUGUAAGGAUGCGGACUUUAGCUAUAAUAUCAGUGAAGUUCAGACGGACCGUAAUACGUGGGGACGUUAUAACAUAACUGUGCCCCAAAGUGUUGUUGGUAGGAUUUAUUUUUGUUUACCCCAUCCUACCAAAGAGAGUCAGCAACAGGGAUUAAUUAAACCUAGUAUUUUUAAUAGUGAAGUUUAUGAGUGGUUCAGUCAAGGACCUAAGAUUUAUUUGCAACUAAAAGAGGUGGAAAAGGCUGAGAGAAGUACACCACCUCUAACUUACCUGAGUGAAAGCAGAAUACGUCGUGAUGAAAAUACUACUGGUGGUACCCUAACACAAGAUUUGAUUGGUAAUAUUCGUAUUAAAGGCCUUCGUCUGGAAGUUACCCCAAAAGACGUCGAUUUCGAUGAAAAUGGUGUGCCUACCGUACUUGCUGACCGUACGCAUACCAUAAGAUUGUUUGGCGAAGGAUUCAAUGAGGGCAUGACUGUGACCUUCACUACAGAAAAAGGUCUAUUUGGUGCUUCCUGCGAAUAUCCUGUAACUAAAGGUUUUUCAGUUGAUGGCGCUUCACUUUAUGAUACCACAAGCAUACAACUUAAAGUUUUUCUGCCUCCCCUUACAGGAACAGACGAGGCUUUUUAUAUUUGCGUCAAAGACGGUCCAUCCAACUCGUUAAAGCCGUUCGUUCAUCAAGGUGACGAGCCCUGGCUUCAAAUGAAAACGUAUGAGGAUUUAUUACCUUUAUGGGCUUCCAUAUUUAUUAUCCUUAUAUGUAUAUCGUUUUCCUCAUUGUUUUCUGGUUUGAAUUUAGGUUUGAUGUCCAUGGACAAAACAGAUUUGAAAAUUCUCUGCAACACUGGUACACUUAAGGAAAGAAAACACGCAAGAGUAAUUCAACCAGUACGCGCACAUGGUAACUACCUCUUGUGUUCAAUCCUGCUGGGAAAUGUACUAGUUAAUUCAAUUUUCACAAUCCUGUUGGACGGGUUGACUUCUGGAUUGAUAGCUGUUAUUUUUUCCACAUUGGCCAUUGUAUUGUUUGGUGAAAUUUUUCCUCAAGCCGUAUGUUCCAGACACGGACUCGCCAUUGGUGCCAAAACAAUUUACAUUACCAAGUUUGUGAUGUACAUUACAUUUCCAUUGAGUUAUACCAUCGCCAAGUUUCUGGAUUGUGUGCUGGGAGAAGAAAUUGGCAAUGUGUACACUAGGGAGAGAUUGAAGGAACUUGUCAUGGUCACUACAGGUGAAAAUGACCUGGACAAAGACGAAGUCAACAUCAUCAGUGGAGCUUUGGAGCUUCGCAGAAAAUUAGUAACCGAGGUCAUGACUAAAAUCGAAGAUGUCUUUAUGUUAGACUAUGAUGCUAUUUUGGACUUCGAGACAAUCACUGAAAUAAUGAGGAGCGGCUAUUCUCGAAUCCCUGUCUUUGACGGCAACAGACAAAACAUCGUAACGAUGCUCUACAUCAAAGAUCUAGCCUUCGUCGACCCUGAUGAUAACACACCCCUAAAAACUUUGUGUCAGUUCUACCAAAAUCCGUGCAAUUUCGUCUUUGAAGACGUCACAUUGGACGUUAUGUUCAAAAUAUUCAAAGAAGGCAACAAAGGUCAUAUGGCCUUUGUGUCUAGAGUCAACUCGGAUGGAGAAGGGGAUCCUUUCUACGAAACUGUCGGAUUAAUUACAUUGGAAGAUGUCAUUGAAGAACUAAUUCAAGCCGAAAUUGUUGAUGAAACUGAUGUUAUUACGGACAACAGGACAAAACGUCGUAGAAAUCAUGCGAAAGCUGAAAAAGAUUUUACGGUAUUUGCAGACAAAACGGAUAAAAACAAAGUCAGGAUGAGUCCUCAGCUUACUUUAGCCGCUUACCAGUAUUUAAGCACCAGUGUCGAGCCAUUCCAUGUCAACGUAAUAUCCGAAACAAUCCUGAAACGUUUACUCAAACAGGACAUUGUUUUCCACAUAAGGAAAAAUAAAGAAUGGCGCACCGAUCCUUUGAACGUGAUCUACGUCCAAGGCAAGGCUGUAGACUAUUUCGUUAUUAUUUUAGAAGGGCGCGUUGAAGUGACCGUUGGCAAGGAAAAUUUGGUGUUUGAAGGCGGUCCGUUUACAUACUUUGGCACGCAGGCGUUGGUCCAGACAGUUGGAAUUGAAUCCCCUGCAGCUCCAGCAGGUAUGGGCAGUCUUGAAUCACUAAACAUAGACUCUAUGUUGCGUCACACUUUCAUUCCUGACUACUCAGUAAGAGCUACUACGGAAGUUUUGUACUUAAAAAUAAAGCGUAGCUUGUAUUUGGCUGCCAAACGUGCUACGCUCAUGGAAAAAUCAAAAAGAGGGAAUCAAACGAAGGAACAGUUUGAUGAAGAAAUUGACAAAUUACUCUAUGCUACUGAAGAUGAUGAUAUUAGUUCUGGCAGGAUAACUCCGCGUAGAAAAUCGUCCAGAAAUCUGCAGAACAAGAGUCAACAGGAGUUGAUUAAUCAGACUGAGAUGAACAUGAUUCAGAGUCCCAAAAGUCCAUCUCACCUCAGCAAUGCAAGUCCACCGAAUCAUUUGAGCGUUAGCAAAGCCAGUGAAGUAAAUAAUGGCUCUCUGAAAAGUAGUCCAGUGGAUGACGAGCAAACUGACUCAAGAAGCGAAGAAGUGUCACUUUUGCCCAAAAAGUCAUAACAAAACGAUUUGGUCCCCUCUGAGGAAGCGGACCUGAGUAAUUAUUGUACUUAAGGUGUUAAUAAGUAAAGAAAAAGUUCUAGCUGUAGUUAUUUGAAAAUUAGAAAGUUUUUUGAUUGGUCGAAAAUAAUUUAGAGACCUGCUAAUUUGGUUUCAAUCAAUCAAAAUUAUUCUUAAAUUCUACAGCUAGCCUGUUAAGGACAAGCCACAGAAGUUAUUUUAAAAUAAAUACUAGCGUAUUUAAUGCAUGUUAUGCGCGAUUUUUGUUGCACUUUAUUAAUGUUAAAUGUUUACCUAUAUUAACUGUAAUGAGUAACUUGAAAAUUAUAUGUACGUAUUAGUGAAUUUAGAGUUAGUAAAAGUGAAGUAGCAAAAUAUUUUUUUUAGUUUUUGAGAUACUCGACUAAGCAAUAAAAUUUUUGAGACUUCCCUUUUUUACGACCCCAUAGAGACCUCAUAAUUAAAAAUGUUCAACUAUUUAUAAAAUUAAUGUAUUUUAGAAUAAUUUUUAAUUAAACUGAAAACUUAGGAGGACAAAACGAACUUAACGAAAAUUAAUUCAGUAGGUACUUACUUGAACACAAAUUUGUAACUUAAUCGGAAUAAGUACUUAAAAAUAUGUAUAUGUACUUAUAAUGUAGUGCAAUUAAGUUUUCACAUUGGAGUCCAGGUGUGUUAAAUGGAUUCGGGUGAUUUUUUGGUGUCAAGUUUCUAUAACCUCAAUUUAAGCAGUUAAAUUAGCUGUUGGCAGAAUAGUUGUAAUAGUUUUGAACUUCUUUACAAACCUCGAGCAUUUAAACAUUCUACAGGGUUCCUUCAAAAAGUUAGGAGCAUUGAAAAAGAUGCAUUCAAGAAACCCACAAAAUAUCUGCAAAGGUAACAGUGCUGAGCGGCUGAAAAGCCGAAACGACUCUCCCGAAAUCUACAAGGUUGUGUUAAACUUUGCGCUAUGAAAUGGCCUUGUUUUUUUACCAAAUUCUAUUUGGAUGGUUGCCCCAAACACUUCAGUAACCCAGGGCCUUCCGCAGAACGGAACUUUUCCGAUAUUUUACCUCUGCAGUCUGUAAUAUACCAGAAUUUUAUACAAAACCUACUGAUUGAAUCAUAAUUUUUUUGUUUAUACUACAUAGUCAGAAAUCAAAUGAGUGGAGGUUACAUGCCACCUGUCCCAAAUAUUUGGAGAAUGUCAUUGACGAUGUCAUUGGAAGAAAUGGUGCGAAACAAAAUGAAUGAAAUAUUUAUUGACUUAAUCUGGAAAAUGCUGAAUAUACUAAAAUUUAUUUGUUAAACCGUCAUCGGUUAAACCUAACAAAAAAAUUAAAUAGGAAUGUCACUACAAAAUUUUAAUAGGAAACACUUGUUGUUCCUGGUGCCAGGUUUUUCGAGACAAUGGCAUGUAAUGUUGACAGUUGAGUUGUAGAGGGAGUUACUGUACAUGGAGCUCUUUAAAUUUUGGCCCGAGAAUAAUUGAGUGUAAUUUUUAAACUCGAAAGUUUAGUUUGACGUGUGGUUUCAAGACAAGCUGACGCUGAUACCACAGCAUAUACAAAAACAAUUAGCAGGCUAACUCUCACUCGCAUCUUUUCUGCGCAUGCCGCCAUUAGGGGAUACCAUCCUGUCAUUAAACGGCAGCGGCGCCGAAGUUUGAUUACAUUUGUCUAUUUCUGACGGAGGUCAUAGGCGUGUGGUGUAGAACAAAAUUUUAGUUAUGAUUUUCGAAGUGAUUUUAGUAUAUUCGUGUUGUCAUUUAUAGUUUUAUCUGUUAUCAUUGUUGUAUAUUUAAUAAUAAUAAUAAUAAAUUAGUAAUUAUAAAUAUUAUUUAUAUGUAACUAUGUAACUAAUAAUAAAUCAGUUUAUUUAAAGCCAAUACGACUCUGUGACACGAAAGAAAAAACCUAAAUUAUCGUUAAUCAGGCCCUGUUUCUUAUCCCAAAAUGGCUGCUAGUGACUUUUCGACAUGAAUUCCUAUAUUACACGGGCUGUCACUCAAGUUAGCCUGCUGAUUGUUUUUGUAUAUGCUGUGCUGAUACUUUUAAAAAUAUUCCCUAAGAGCCACUGAACAUUUUAGGAGAUAUUUUAACUUAUUUACUGUCUAUUGUUUAUAUUCAGUCAUCUUUCCUUCUACUCAUUUAAACAGUUUAACUAUUGACAUUUACCACCAAAAUUGAAAGCACUCCAAGUUCACUCGCGACCUCUACAAAAUUUUGGGGAACUUAACUGAAUAUUUGCUGCCAUUGACCUGUCUCGUAAUACCUGGUAGGGGAUUCUCAUCCU